AUGGCUUUCAAUUUCGGUGCGUCCAACCCCGCUGGGGGAAGCGCCUCUGCGGAGCUUGGUCCAGAGCUUCCUGAUGUUUUUACCGAUGAAGUCGGUUUCAAAGGCAUCUCUGGGGACGCAAAUAUCCGCUUCCUACCAACGGCAUGGCCCGACGACGCGCUUCCGGCUCCUACUUCAUCACUUCUGGCUGUCGCACACACCAAAGGCCUCGUUGUUGGCGCUGGCCCAAAUGCGCUGGUAAUCAGCACCACUGAUGUGAUCAGGAAGUCAAUCGAGGCGCCGGCAGGAGAAGAUAUGGAGAAAACAAGACCAUUCCAACCCAUCGCCACAAUUCCUCUUCCUUCUCGUCCCACUCAUGUGGCAUUCACAUCGGACGACAACGGCUUGAUUCUAGCCUUAGAGAAUAGCCCCACAAUCUCAGUUUUCGAUACAAACACUCUCGCGCAAGGAAAUACCCAACCAGUGGUUUCGAUUCCUACGAAUGGCGUGUCGCUACGUGCACUGACGCCAAACCCCGACCCUUCCUCGACACUUGUCGCGCUGGUCACUGUUAACGGCGAGCUUCUUAUCGCCGAUGUCAAAUCUGGGACCAUCAUUCCUGGACCCAAUGGUCCGGUUCUCAAGGAUGGUGUCAGCUGUGCUUCAUGGAGCAACAAAGGAAAGCAGCUUGUUGCUGGAUUGGCCGAUGGCACUGGAUAUCAGAUGACCCCAGAUGGAACGAAGAAGGCUGAAGUUCCUCGGCCAUCUGAUUUGGAGGGAGACUGCCAUAUUUCAUCCAUCUCAUGGCUUGAAAACGAUGUCUUCUUUGCGACAUACACACCAAAUAUUGCAGAGGAUGAUAUGGGAAUGAACCCAGCGUCUUCAUACUACAUCAUAACCCGCCGCAAGCAGGCACCGUUCCUCAUCCAGAAAUUGCCAGAAGUCUGCUCGACCAUGGGCUUUAUGCUGAAGCGUGGCCCCGCGUUCCAAUUUAUCACCAGAAUUAGAGACUACAAGCCUCACUUGAAAGAUGUCUUGAUCGUCGCGUCAACUGCUUCGACUGAUCUCGGACUAAUCACGCGGUCUGACCAAGCUCUGGCGAACGAUGAGCGAACCAAACUUCAUGUUGGUCAGUUCAUGACUACAGAAGUAAGCGACGACACCAAACGUGCUAGUGUCCCAUUGAAGGAUUCUGGAGAUGAGACAUCGGUCAUUGGUCUGGCACAAAACCUGUCAGCCAAGGAAAAUGUCAUUGCGCCGCUCCCGGGUUCGGAUAUCCUGGAGAGCUCGACACCUCUUCCUGGAGUUCUUCUUUUGAACAAUGAUGGUAUUCUUUCAUCGUGGUGGUUCGUUUACGCCGAUUCCAUUCGCCAAAACGUCCAGUAUUCUGGGUUGAUUUCGUCCGGUCAGUCAACCCAAGCUCCAUCUCAGUCACAAGCCAUAGCUCCAACCCCUGCCCCAACCCCUGCCCCAGCUCCUGCACAGAAGCCUGCGUUUGGCCAGUCAUCGUUUGGAGGUCCAUCCGCAUUUGGCCAGUCACCUUUCGGGAAGCAGUCGGGAGCUGCUACCUUUGGUAGCCCAUCUGCAAUGGGUGCUUCAACCAUGGGCGCGACUGCUUUUGGGAAACAAAGUGCCCCGGCUUUUGGCAGUCCGUCCCAGCUUGGUGGAAGCUCUACCCCAGCCUUUGCAAAGUCAUCAUCCCCAGCCCCUGCUCCCGCUUUUGGGACUCCCUCUCAGCCAGGCGUAUCCUUUGGCACUCCCAGUACUCCUGGACAGCCACGGUUUGGGCAAUCUGGAUUCGGAGCUAUGGGCUCUGGACUUAGACAGUCUAGCACCCCAGCAAACCCAUUCGGGGCUAAUACUGCAGCAGCAUCUAGUGGCAGUGGUUUCAGCUCCUUCUCCGGCGGAGGCGGCUUCAGUAGCUUUGCAACAGCAAAACCGGGCGAGUCGCCCUUCGCAGCGAAGCCAGGCGAGUCACCCUUCGCGGCGACACAGCCAAAAGGAUCUCCCUUCGCAAAUGCUUCUUCUGGCCAAAGUCCUUUCGCCAAGAGCUCUACCUCACCCUUUGGAGCCAAGCCUCAGACCUCGUUCCCACCUCCAGCUUCCAAUGAAGUCAAAAAUCCCUUCGGUGCUGCGAAAGGUACCUUUGAGCUCAAGUCUACCUUCAAGGCCGAAGCUCCUGCUGCGGAUGAUGGGCCAAAAGCAGACAAAACUUCUUCUGGGGCGUUCUCAUUUGGUGGCUCCUUUGACGAGAUGGUGUCAACACCCCGCAAGGGAAGCUCGUCGCCAAGUGAGUCGAUGGAUGAUGACGCUGAAGAUAUCGAGCCUGUGAAUAAGGAGACAUUCUCAAUUUUCGGAGGGGCAAGAAAACCUGCUUCACAGACUCCCACGUCAAUGUUCACUUCAAAGCCAAAGACUUCGGCCGAGAACACCAAGUCAGCAUUCUCGAUGUUUGGCAAUACCAAUCAAAACCGUGUGACCAGUCCAUUGUCAACAUUGUCUGAUAAGACAGUGACGCCUAAGAAGAAUUGGCCUAGCACAUCAAGUAUUGAUGUAGAGGCGCCAUUGCCACCGGAUUCUACUAGCCGGGAUAGUUAUGCUCCUGGAGAUACUUCUGCCUCCUCCAACGUGUCGAAGUGCUCCGCCGAGGAUGCUCCGCUUCCUCCUGAUUUCACCAAGACGAAGAAGCCUUCACCAAAACCCGAAGAUGACGCCCCGCUACCCCCUGAUUUCCUUUCGCAGAAGAAGUCUACACCCAAGACGGACGACGCUCCUCUCCCUCCUGACUUCAUCACCAAGAAGAAGCCUGCACCCAAGGCGGACGACGCUCCUCUACCUCCCGACUUCCUCACCCAGAAAAAGCCUGCUUUGAAGACGGAUGACGCUCCUCUGCCUCCUGACUUCCUCACUCAGAAGAAGUCCGCACCCAAGACAGACGAUGCUCCUCUUCCUCCAGACUUCCUAACAAAGCCCAAAAAGUCCGAGCCUGCAGCUAUCCCUGAGGACGCACCUCUGCCGCCCGAUUUUACCGCAAAGCUCAAGACCAAAUUGUUUGAAGAGGCGGUCCCAAUCCCAGAUGAAUCAGAUGAAUCAGGUAUCUCCGAUGGAGAUUCCGAGGUGGCAGGCGAGUCAGACUUCAGUGAUAGUGGCGAGGAAAUCACACACGACGAAGCAUUGAUCGCUAAAUCCAAGCAAUCGGCUCAGAGUUCGUUUAGUGCAGUUUCCGAGCAAAGCUCCACCGGAGGAUUUUUCAGCAGUCCUGCUCGAAACGUGGAUGAUCAAGGUCGACUUCCGCGGCAGCUAUUUGGGGAGCUGCCUAAGCAGGCCCUACUUCCUCCCCCGGCCCCCAUUGCCCAAGGUAAUCGUGAGCCCUACCGAUCACCGAGCCCAGUUCGUAUUGGAGGGAAAAAGAACGUGCUAUUCUCCGACAAAUCCCAUGGCCGUAAGGAAUCCACAGGCGCUUUGCACUCGCGUAAGGCAUCUCUUACCCAGAUUGCCCAGCGUGGUGGCCACCUGAGAAAGGCCAGCGAUGUUGCUCGCGAGGAACAAGAGAAGCAAGCACGUGCGCAUGCAGCAGCUCAACUUCAAGAAGAUGAUGUUCUAUCUUUGUCAGACGACGAUGAGGACGAUAGACUCCGCGAGGAACUGGCUCUGCCCGUUGACCCCGUUGAUACUCUGGAUCCAUUCUUGCCCCACCAAAACUACAUGGGCGAGACUGCGAAACCAGGCAUUGCCGGCCAGGUCGAACGACUCUACCGUGACAUCAACUCUAUGGUAGAUACAUUGGGCAUAAAUGCUAGAUCGAUGGCGGGAUUCCUUUUGCACCAACAGGCCGGGAAGGCUUCUGAUAUUGAUGAGUGGGUGGUGGUCCUCAACAGCGACCACCCCGCUGACAUUCUCGACACGAAGAUGGCCUUGAAGGACAUCGAGAGAUUCGAAGAAAUGAUUACUUCAAUUGCGCAAUCAUUGGAGAGCCAGCGGGUGCAGGGAGUGGAUGAAAAGCUGGAUGCAUGCCGUGACCUACUCACAAAGCAGGUUGUCACCCUGCGAGGCCAGUUCGCAAGCAUCCGCAAGACUCUUGACGCACACACAGAUAUCGGUGCUAUUCUCGAAGCACCCCUUUCUGCCGAGCAAGGUGCGCUCCAGCAUGAUCUGCGCACCACAUUCACGAAUAUCCAGGUCAAGAUAGCCGAGCUUGAACAGGCAGUCUCCCUCCUAUGUGCCAAAAUCGCCGACAUUCCGCAAGCGAAUGGCGCAGGCAGGAACCGCCCAACUGUCGAGACUGUCACCAAGACGAUUGCUACAAUGAUGAGCAUGGCCGAGGGGAAGAGCACAGACAUCGAUGUUCUCGAGGCACAGAUGCGCAAGCUCGGCGUGGAUAUUGCUCCCACAGCACCCCCAAGCCGUGAGGCGUCUCCGUUCUCUACUCCUCGCAAGAGCAUUGCUGGUCGCAUCCCUAUGACUCCUGGGUCACGAGGCUCGAUUGACGGUAGCGCAUACCAUACCCCCGAGUCCGUUUCGCGCGGUCUCAACUUCCGGGCCAGCAUCAAUGGCUCGGUGAGACAGAGCCGUCUCCGCAGCGUGGAAGGUGCUGGCGAGCCUGCCCUCCCGGAAGAAGAUGUCGCUCAAUACAAGACUAAGAAGUCGCGUCGCCAGCACUUGAAUGCCAACUUGAAGAAGGCCUUCGAGGACAAGCAAACCAAGGUGCGCAGCGUCGAUGAGUGGUAG